GUUUCAAAUUACUUCGUCCAAAGUCAAAUUUUCAUCUAAAUGAUUACAGAUCGUCUGUUUCACCGAUUGUAAUUAAACAGUUGACCAUAAUUGAUUACAUUACGGAAGACCAAAGUAUCAUUUUAUAGAUAGUCUUCAUUACUAAAGUCUAUUAUGAUUUGAAUUAUUACCAUUAUACAACUAAUUCAAUUCUGAUUGGUCAAUUAAGAAUGACCCUGGAGAAAUUAUUUUUAUUUGCUACUGACAGAUAACUAAAGUAUACACGUAUACUGAUGAUGUUAUAUUUCCUUUAACAACAACAAAAAAAAAACGAAAAAAAAACGAACACAGUUACAAUGUAAACACGUUCACAUUCCAUGUACAAUGUUACUAUCAUUGUUACUAUCAUGGAUACUAUACUUAUAUAAUUAAUAAGAUUAAUUUAAUAAAAGAAAUAAUAUGGAUAAAAAAUUGAAUACAACCUUAUUUCAUCCAGCAUUAAUUAAUUUAACUACCCAUUUAUUUCAUAAUAUAAUUGAACAUAAAAUUAAUACACAAAAUUUUAAAUGUUUAGGAUUACAAUCAAUUGAUUAUGAACAAAAAGAAAAUCAAAUUGAAGUUGUAUUACAAUUUGAUAUCAUUUCAUCAUCGUCAUCAUCGUCAUCGUUGUCAUCGUCAUCUUCAUCAUCAUCGACGAAUAACUCUUUAGUUAAUAAUAAUAAUACUUAUACAGAAUGUGAUUAUACAAAUUUAUUUGUUGAUAAAUUAACAGAACAAAUAACUCCAAAUGAAAGAAAAUCCCCGUUCGUAGCAAUUGUGGUUUGUUGCUGUAUACUGACAACAUUUUUUCUACUUGUUCUUUUUCUCCGAUGUCGGAGUUUCAUUCGACGAAAACAAUUAUUGAAAAGAAGAAGAAAUCCUAAAUACUUAUAUUGUUCCAAAUAUCCAAAAUCAAAACCUAUUAAUCAUUGUUAUAUUAAAGCAAAUAAUUCAUGUUAUUGGUCACCAGCUAAACCUAAACAUAGUAAUUCAUUUUCAGUAUGGUCUGAAAAUCAACCAUUGAAAUAUCAUCCAAACAAACAUAGAAUAUCUUCAAUUUCAUCAUUGAAUCAAUCUAGUUCAAUGAUCAAUUCAAUACAACAGUCUCGUUUUUAUCAAAGUAAAAAUUAUUCAAAAGAUUCAAAUUGUAUUCAUCAUCUGUAUAAUUCAUCAAACAAUGUAAUUAAUAAUAGUAAUGAUCGUAAUUUUAUGAAAUAUAAUUAUCAUCAACAUGGUGAUAUAUGUGGAACAGGUAAUCAUAUGAAUACUGGUUAUUUAGAACAUUGUAAACGAAUAAAUAAUACAAAAUCAACAAUGAUGUAUCCAAAUUCUCAAAGGUUAAUAGUGCCAUCGAAACAAUCAAAUCCUUUAGCUAAAGGAAAUCAGCCAAUGUUUUUCAAUUCACAGAAAAUCACAAAUGAAAAUGAAAUAACAGAUUCUGAAACACCUACUACUGAAUUUACUGAAAGUUCAAAAUCACAUAAAAGUAUAUCACAAAUUAAUGUGUAUCGAAAAGGCAGAAGUUUAAGUCCAGCUGAUAUAACUAAUUCUAAAGAAUCUAAAUUUCUUUUUAGUCCAAAACCACGUUUUUCAUUAGCUGAAUCUGAUGAAAUGAAUGAUCAACCUAUUGAGAAUAGCCAAUCGUCUGGUUUUCGUGAUGUGAUUAUCGACUGUAGUUCACUGGAAAGUGCUAUCAGUUAUCCAGUACAAAACUCUUAUUCCCAUUUGAAUGGCAAUAAAAAUCUAGACAGUUCAUUAGAGAGUCGAACAUAUCAAAGUCUUAUGUCAGUUUAUCUAAAUGAUGUUGCACAAAAAAACCGAAUUAUCACUCCUACAGUUACUAUUACUACUACCAGCAUCAAUAAUACUCUUAGUGAAAAUAACAUAAGCACUAAUCACAAUAUCUGUUUGGAUAAUAGUAAUUAUAACAAAGUUAUCACAUUACCUCCAUUAAAUAUUCCAAAUACUGACACAGGCAUUAUCAAUGAUGGAUUAUACAAUACUGAAAAAAUGAAUUCAUUUGAAAGUAAUCAGUCAACUUUUUCUAUCAAUAUUGAUCAUGAUCAUAUAGAACAGCAUAAUAAUUUCACUUAUGAUCUCCAAUCGCCAAUGAUCAAAGAAAAAUCUAAACGUCCAGUUCUAUGCUUAUUUAGUGCAAAUCAAUAUAAUCAAAAAAGACAUCUUAAACGUAACAAUUCAAUCACCAUUGAUGAUAAUCAUGAUGAUAAUGAUAUUAAUGAUGAUAACAAUAACAAGAACGGUAAUAUUCAUGAUGUUAAACAAGAUAUUGAUGUACGACGUUUACGUCAAAGUACAAAUAUCACCACUACAAAAUUAUCAGUUAAUAAUCAAAUAAAUAGAAUCACUGGAAGUAGUAAUAAUAUCAAUAAUAAUAAUGAUAAUAUUUGUAAUCAUAAUUUACAUUUAUUAUUAUCCAGUACAAAUGAAUGUAAAAGUUGUGUAAAUUUACAAGCGUAUGAAUUAUCACAAGAUCGUUAUCGUAAUCCAAGUAGUGGAUCAACUGUUAGUCAAAUACCAAGAUCUGAUUUACCAGAUGUUUACCUGAAUUCUCAACGAAGCAGUUUAUGUGGCAGAAGUAGAAUGGAAUUGUUAUAUGUGGAUAAUGAACUAGAUAGAACCAACAAACCCAGAUGUAAACUUAGUACAAAUGGAAUAAUUAGUUCAUCAAACUUGGGGGAAAAUUUAUCGGACGUGAUUGAUUCUGAUCAUUGUUUCUCUGUGCAGCAUGCAAAUGGAGCUGGUGAUAAUUGGAGCUUGGUCGAUGAAUUGGUUAUUUUUCCUCAACCACAAACUCUUGGAUUUGUACGUAAUCAAACUUUUAAUGCAAAAAACACAUAUCAUCAACCAUUACCUCAACCAUCCUUAAAUUUGGCGCCAUCCUUUUUUAAACCAUAUCAGCUAACCGAUGAUAAUUUCGGUAAUUUACCAGUCAAAGAUAAAGAGCAUCAUAUUAGUAUACAACAACAACUUAGAAGAGCAUUAAGUUUGUCAUCUAGACGUAAAUCACCUCGUUCAUUAAAUGAAGAAAUUCAAUCAAUCAUGGAUAAACACUACGAAAUGACAGGAAUUAGAAUGACAAUUGGUAGUGGAUCAUCUCAAAAAAAUUCAACGACUACCAAGUCUUAUAUAAAUUUAUUUGGAUUGCAGACAGGCAAUAAAACCCAGCCAUCUAGGCCAAGAAAACGUCGAUGCAGUUGGACAUUCACAAAAGAUAUUACGAAUGAAUUUCAAACAAGUUUAAAAAAUGUUUCAAGUGCACUACAUUUAGAUUGUCCUACUUUUGAUCUUUUUCAAAAAAAAUUUAAACCUAAUCGUGAAAAACCAUCUGUACUUGAAUCAUUAUCUAUGACUGCUUUACCAUGUCUUAUACCAUUAAGACCACGUAUUCAAUCUGAUGCAACAAAUGAUAUGACUUCUAUCAAUGAAGAAUUUAUUGAAAGACGACCUGAAAGAAAAUUUCAUUCUGAUUUAAAUAAUAUAAAAUUAAUUGAUUUCAGACGUAAUAGUAUGGUAACUAAUGAUAAAAGUGUCUUUAUAUAUGGUAUUGAAAAGAAUAUUAGACUUGUUAAAAGUAAUUGGAAUUUAACUAAUGUAUGAUCAAUUACAAAUCAGAAAAGGUUUUGUGGAGAUUUCAAUAUUU